CAGAGAAUACAGCAGGAUGCAAGCUGAUGGAUUCCUUCUGGGUAAGUAUUAGCUUAUCCUACAUAAUGUUUCAGAUAUGUUUGUGCAUGCUAUUUCUUUUUGAAUCAAAGUUGGGGGUUUUUUAAAUAAAACACUCAAAACAUAUCUUCUUACACCAUCGAUUAUAUACUUGGAGCCUCACCAAGAAAAGGAAAUAAGUUUCCAAGUUUUAUGUGGCAACAGAUUAGUGGAAGGGUGAAAGGUAGCUGCUUAAAAGCAUAAUUAUCUGUUUUGACUGCUUUCUAAUUGCUUAAUUUCAGACACUGUUUAUAAUUCCUUUUAUUAUUGAUUUUAGACCUCCUGGUGGUUAGAAAAAGAGGCUGUUUCGAUAAGGUGUGCACUAUCCGUCGUUUCGCACGCAUCUGAUAACAAUAAAAAAGUAGGUGGCAGCCCAAUGGUCUGCGUGUUUAUUUGGAAGCACAUUGCAGUGAGUUUUACAGAGUUUACCACCAAGCUGGGGAAGUUGCCAUUAAGACAUGCAGUGUACCAAACAGCCAUAUUGAGCGCAAAUCACCACCACCAUCCGUGAGUAUUAGUUGUUAUAUUUGUUAUAUUUGUUAUAUUUGUUGUAUUCUUCUUUUCAAUGUGGCAGGCAGGACCUAAGGCUUUGAGCCUCCACUGUUAAUAUGCCAGUGCAUGAUGAACCACAGAACAAGAAAUGAAGUUGGGGGGUGUGAAUGUCUGGGAGUCAAUAAAUUAAAGGUGAAUAGAUUUUAGGGGUCUAAAUGGGAAAUUGAAUUGGGAGGGUUUGAGUGGAACCUGAAUGUUGUGAGGGUUAAACUAGCAGAAAGUGGAUAGCUGUGGGAGAUCUGGUGGGCUCUGAAUGUUUUAGAUAAAAUUUAUUGAAAAGAACUUUGUUGGUGGGUUGGGGAAAAUAUUUGGGAGCAUCUAGAUGGGCUUUGAAUGGUCUGCUGUAAAUUAAUUGAAGGGGAAUUGAUUUUGGAGUUUGGAACUCAGACGCAGCAUUAAACUUGCCCUCAGUUUAUGAUUUCGUUUCAAACAAGUAACCAGCAGAUGCCUCUAGGACACUGACAAUAAUGGCAUGAAGGCACCAUGUAUACCACCCCCAUUCAGUGAUCUACUGUCCCUGAUCAUGGUUGGCAAUAUUUUGCUAUCAUGACGGUGAAGCCAGAGAGAGCCAUAAUGGGGAUUUCAACUGAGAAGUUACAGUAAGAACGGGUAAGCUGAGAAACAGUUAGAUAGGGAGAGGCAGAAUUAGUACUGAAUAGUCUGUGACUUAGUGGACUUCAAUAUAGUUUAUAGGGAGGGGGGAGGCUGCAGUUAGGAAUCCAGCUACAGAAUAAUGAACCAAUGCAGCCUAAAUGUGCACACUCUUUUGGCAUUCACAUCCUCUUUGUAACAAUUGGACAAGAUGAGAUUUUUUAUCAUUCAUUCUGGCUACAAAUUAUGAUCGACAGGGUUAUUUGCUCCCUCCCUCUCCCCCAUAUAGGUUAAUGAGGUUGUAAAUUAGGGAGACAACAUAAUCUGAUUAUCAUAUAUCACAAAGCAGUCGCAUGGCAGAGCAAAGCAGAGUGGCAACAUUUACAGCUGCCUUUCAUGGGAGAGAUGAGCCAAGCAUCCAGAAAGCGGUGGAAAUGGAGGCAGUAAAAUCAAAGCCAUUUGGCGUUUUCUGUUGAACGAUGAUAGCCAUUGAACACUACAGCCCACAACCAUCUCUUUACAUAUUGCCAAUUCAAAUUCAUUAUUGAACACAAGAUCUAAGCCAAACACCUGCCAUUUAAAAUGAGAUGACAUGAUGCAAGGAAAAGCAACACAAGGGCAGAGGGCUAAUAUAAAAGGAAUGUUUCAUGGUGAAGUUCAUAUGUAAAUAUACGGGGAAAAUAUGGGGAAAGUUGUGUACUGGAUUUAACAAAGGAGAGAGGGAAAACAAAGAAAGAUUUAUUCUAGACAUCAGGUAGAUUUUUGUAGUUGAAUUACAGCAAUAACUCCACAACCUUUUACACACAGAGAACCUUUAGUUAACCAGUGGGUUUCCCCUCUCCCCUGUUAUUCCAUAUAUCCAAGUGCAGCAAUCCUAAAUGUAGAUCCUGGCAGCUGUUUAAAAAUUGAGGAUUUGUGAUAAUUACAUAUCUUAAUUAAUGUCUCAAAGAAUAAAAGCUGUAAUGCAAUUUAUUGUUUACUACAUAAGUCAUUCUGAGCAGCACCUCCAUGGGAUUCCUGACUUAAAACCUCUCGGCCUUGGAAGUCUAGCUGCCAAAUACCACAGCAACUGGAAAAGAAAUACUGAAGAAAGGACAAGAGGAAUUUCCCUCUGGUGUGACUCAAAUAACAAAGCUUAUUUAGCUAGUUUCCACCCACUGCUGUCUUUGUCCCCCUCCCGUUCUGGGUCUGCAGCAUGCUCUGAAAAUUUUCCAAACAGAUGGUAUCUCAUCUCCACGAGGCAUGAAAUAUUCUCCACAAUAGCAGAAUUGGGCCCUUUAAAUAUCAUGUAAAAGUUGCUUGCCAUUUUAAUUCCUUGUCAAUUCUGAAACAGAACUAAACAUGGCACUAUUAGAGGUACUGAUGAAUGGCAGCAUUAAAAAAAACCCAACCUGUCACAUUUUCUUUCAGUGCAGUGGAACGCGAGUAUUAUUUGCAAUCAGAGAAGAAUCCUGUUCAAAAUCCCGUGCUUUUCAUCUGA